UGUCAUUGCCUUAUUAACCUCACACAAUCUUUACUUUUUUUCCUCUUCCUCUUCCUCUUCCUCUUCCCUCUCGUACGAGAGAUUGAGAUGUUGCCCUCUUUGCAUAACACUCCCUUUUGUAAUAUAUCAAUCUCCAGCAAAGGAGCUUUUAGGUUUUUUAUUAUUAUUAUUAUUUUCAAUCGAGCCAUUAAACGCCGACCCAGCCCUUGAAACAGACCGCCACCAUUAGCAGCCCCAGUGCGGAGGCGACGCCGCCGAGCACGGAAAGGAGACCUCCCAUUGGCUGGACUCCGUGGGUUAUCACUGGUAUUCUGCUGCGUCAGCUUCUUCACCGAGCAAGCGCGAGAGGAGGAGGAGACGGGCGGAGACAGAGAGAGCGAUGAACACUGGAGCGGCGAAUUCCAGCGACUCCAAGGUGGAGACGAUCUCGAGGUUGGCGCAGUGGAGGAUCGAGAGCUUCGGCCCUUGCUCCUACCGCCGCUCCGAGUCUUUCAAGCUCGGCAUCUGGAAUUGGUACCUCACGAUCGAGAAGAGCCGUUACAUGUACAUCCGGCUCUUCCCGAUACCUUGCAGGGUGUUGAAAGAACAGCCGCCGGUCGCUAGAUUCGUGGUGCGGGUCUCUUCCCCUGGUCCUAACUGCCAAUGCUUCGUCUCGUCUGUUAUGGAUAGGCUUCUUCAAACAAGUGAAGAUUUUGUCUGGCCGGUUGAUUAUAUCUUUCAAGGACGCUUUACAAUUGACGUGGAGUUUCUGUCCUUGAAUGGAGGAGAUCCCUAUCCAUUAUGGUGUACCGAAGGGUUGCUAAAAUCUGUAUCAAGCAAAACCAGUCUUCAAUGUCUCUCUCCAAUGCUUCAAGAUGGAAUCCAUGCUGAUGUUACAAUCAAAACUUCAAAUGGUUUUCUCAAGGCCCACAAAGCCAUUCUUGCCUCGAGUUCCCCCUUGUUUGAAAGCAUGUUUCUGCAUGACCUCCGAGAGAAAGAGUCCUCAACAAUCGAAAUAGAGGACAUGUCAUUAGAAGCUUGCUCAGCGCUUCUUGGUUUUAUAUAUGGGGCGAUCGAACAAGAGGAAUUCUGGAAACACUGAAUCACAUUGCUCGGUGCAGCAGAUAAGUAUGAUAUUGCUGAUCUCAAAGAUUGCUGUGAGGAGAGCCUCUUAGAUGAUAUCAACACCAGCAAUGACCUUGAGAGACUUCAUGAGGCAUGGUUGUAUCAGCUUAACAAGCUGAAGAAGGGAUGCUUGCUGUAUUUGUUAGACUUUGGCAAGAUAUAUGAUGUGAAGGAUGAGAUCAAUACUUUUUUUCAGCAUAUUGAUAGGGAGCUAAUGGUCGAAAUGUUUCAUCAGAUUCUCACUGCAUGGAAGCCUGCAUGACGACCCCAGAGUCGUAUGUGAUGUAAAUUGAAAAUGAUAGGUACCUGCCAAUGUUGUUCAUGUUUCUUGCAGUCCUAGUUCUUAAUGUUUAAUGUGAUUAGCAUGAACAGUUGUGUUUUUUCAUGUAUAGAUGAUAUGCAAAUAUCUUGGCUUAUC